AUGGCUGAUCCUGGAGGUGGUGCUAUUUGCAGUUGGAAUCUUCACAAUCACAAGAAACAGAGCAACAGCUCACAAAGCAGAAACUGCACCAAGAAUGGAAUAGUGAAAGAAGCCCAGCAAAAUGGGAAGCCACAUUUUUAUGAUAAGCACAUUGUUGAAUCCUUCGAGGAAGCACCUCUUCAUGCAAUUGUUUUUACUUACAUGGGAUAUGGAAUUGUAACCCUGUUUGGCUAUCUCAGAGACUUUUUGAGAAACUGGAAAAUAGAAAAAUGUAAUGCAGCCACAGAGCGAGAAGAACAAAAAGAUUUUGUGCCUCUGUAUCAAGACUUUGAGAAUUUUUACACGCGGAACAUUUACAUGCGAAUCAGAGACAAUUGGAACCGGCCCAUCUGCAGUGCUCCAGGGCCUCGGUUUGACAUGAUGGAAAGGGUGUCAGAUGACUAUAACUGGAUGUUUAGGUUUACUGGAAGAAUCAUCAAAGAUGUCAUCAACAUGGGCUCCUAUAACUUCCUUGGCCUCGCAGACAGGUACGAUGAGUCUAUGAAGACAAUAAAGGAUGUUCUGGAGGUGUAUGGCUCAGGCGUGGCCAGCACCAGACAAGAAAUGGGAACCUUGGAUAAGCAUAAAGAGUUGGAAGACCUUGUGGCUGAGUUCCUGAAUGUAGAAGCAGCUAUGGUCUUUGGGAUGGGAUUUGCAACAAACUCAAUGAAUAUCCCUGCGCUAGUUGGAAAGGGAUGCCUCAUUUUAAGUGACGAGUUAAACCACACAUCUCUUGUGCUUGGGGCCCGACUCUCAGGUGCAACCAUAAGGGUCUUCAAACACAACAACAUGCAAAGCCUAGAGAAGCUUCUGAGAGAUGCUGUCAUCUACGGCCAGCCUCGGACCCGCAGAGCUUGGAAAAAGAUUCUCAUCAUGGCGGAGGGUGUCUACAGCAUGGAAGGUUCCAUCUUGCAUCUGCCCCAGAUCGUGGCUCUAAAGAAGAAAUACAAGGCUUACCUCUACAUAGAUGAAGCUCACAGCAUUGGUGCCGUGGGCCCAACUGGCCGGGGUGUCACGGAAUUCUUUGGAAUAGACCCCAGCAAUGUUGACGUGCUCAUGGGCACAUUCACCAAAAGCUUUGGAGCUUCAGGAGGUUACAUCGCUGGAAGCAAGGAAAUUGUGGAUCAUUUACGGGUUCACUCACAUAGUGCUGCUUAUGCUACAUCCAUGAGCCCCCCGAUAGCAGAGCAAAUCAUCAGAUCAUUGAAAUUAAUCAUGGGACUGGAUGGGACCAUGCAAGGGUUGCGGAGAUUACAGCAGCUUGCAAAGAAUACGAGAUACUUCAGACAGAGACUGAAGGAAAUGGGAUUCAUUAUCUAUGGCAAUGAAAACGCUCCCAUUAUUCCCAUGCUCCUUUACAUGCCUGGUAAACUAGCGGCUUUCUCAAGGCACAUGUUAGAGAAAAAAAUCGGGGUGGUGGUCGUUGGCUUUCCAGCCACUCCCCUUGCAGAAGCCCGGGCUCGGUUUUGUGUUUCUGCGGCACAUACCCGGGAGAUGUUAGACACGGUUUUGGAAGCUCUUGAUGAAAUGGGUGAUCUCCUGCAACUGAAAUAUUCCCGGCACAGGCAGUCAGCACGCCCUGAACUCUACGACGAGACGAGCUUUGAACUUGACGAUUAAGUUUCCUGGUCCUGAAUGCAUCAUAAAGACUGCCAGGAAGACCUCCCUCCUUGCUUCAGAAGGAAUAUAAACAAA